AUUUUUUUUUUUUUUCUUUCUUUAUCUUUAAAUAACAAGAACUUCAUAUAUAAAAUGGCCUUUACUGCUUCUGAUAUUUGUAAAAUCAUUUGUGCUGUUAUCUUACCUCCAUUGGGUGUAUUCUUUGAAAGAGGAUGUAAUUGCGACUUGUUAAUCAAUAUUGCUUUGACUUGUUUAGGGUAUAUUCCUGGUAUUAUUCACGCGUUGUAUAUUAUUCUGAAAUAUUAAUCAAAGAUGAAACAUUCAUAUUCCCCUAUAAAUAUACAUUUCUCUAUAUUAUUUAAAUAAAAUACAACAAUUUUUA